UUAAAUGCUUUAAAAAUCGAAUGCUAGUCAUAAUUUAGAUAUUGGUUGUCGCUACGGGAUUAUAAAUAGAUUUGCUUCACAAUUGUUUCCCUUUGCGCAGAAAAAUUAAAUUUUGUCACAUUUAGCCGCGAGCAGAGAGCCAAGAGAUGAAAAUUCUGGACUCUCCCGUUGGCUAAUGCCUUGUUACUGUUGCGACAAAUAAAAAAGGGAAAAGAUAUGUGCAUGUAUAUGGAAUAUACAGUAAAAUAAAUGACAUAAGUGCUUUUUUAUUUUUGCUUAAAAAGUAAAAAGCGAAUUUUCAAAUUAGUGCGCAUUUGGUAGCUCAAGCGUUUGGUAUAAUAAUUAAUAAUAAUACCUAAAAAAUGUUAGAAUUAAUGCGCAAUCAGUGGAGUCUACUACGAGAUGUAUAUCAAGAAGAUCGGACAAAUCUAACGGGCUACGAUCUAAUAAAUAUCUAUAUAAAUUGCAACGAUAAAGCGCAUGAUGUGAAAAUUUAUACAACGAACAACGAUUGGCUGGAACAUGGGACAUUUGUGCUAAUUCACGACAAUAUCAACAAGUUAGAUAUAUAUCUAAAUACUCUAAAUGGCUCUCUCAGAGAACUAGAAAAUCUGCUUAGUUCUCUGCAACUGAACGAUCGAGCCUGGUUUUUUGGCUAUCGGCAGGCAUUGAAGUUAACUGUGAAUAACUUUUGCCUCGAGAGGGGGCUAAGCUUAAAGAAGUUGGAUCAGAUGGAAACCUAUGUAUAUUAUCUACCUAAAAGAGCUGUAGAAUCAUUUAAUUGUCGCUUGAUUGCAGACAUAUAUUUAGCUUCGUUGAGCCUCAAUCACGCUGCAUUAGUGGAUGAACAUUGGCCAUAUCGUUCGUCUGAUUCUCUAGCAUUGAUCAAAGAUCGUAUACAGAGUUAUAUAAGCGUUGGCGCAUUCGAUGGUAAUGGUCAACUGUUGGCGUGGUGCUUGAGAUCCGUUCAGGGCAGCCUCAGCAAUUUGUAUGUUUUGCCCUCCUAUAGGCGCCUGGGAUUGGCUUCCUUAUUAGUGCGUCACAUGGCUAAAGAAAUUGCCGCAACUGGAGCAGAGGUUUUGGCCACAAUUGCCUUUGGCAAUGAAAUAUCUCAGCUAUUUUUUGAGAAACUUGGUUUCAAGCUUAUCGAUAGUAUAGUCUUCACCAUGGUGCCUGGACUUUGAACAAGCUAUAUAUACACCUUUAUAUACAGUAUAAAUGAAAUAUGAAAUACCUCAAAAUUAGUUUUUAAAUACAUAAGUUAAUAAACAGAGA